AUGGCGUCCCAGAUCACGCUCGCCGUCGAGCCGCGGGGUAAACCCAUCAAGAAGCUCCCUAAGACCAUUACAGUCAACCUCGACACCAAUGGAGAGGAGCUGCAUAAUUCCAUUGCCAAGGCCUCCGGUGCCUCCGUUCACCGUCUGCGCAUUACCAAGGGAAGCGACCGCAGCGUGGUUCCCAAUGACAAGGGCACCACCAUCGACGACACCGGUCUCCGGGAGUCAAGCGUGAUUCACGUCAAGGACCUGGGUAUGUCGAAAUGCCCGCCAGAUAUGGACUUGAAAGACCUCCCGCGUCACCGAGCAAAGCUAACAUCAAAUUUCCAACCAGGCCCCCAGAUCGCAUGGCGCACCGUCUUCAUCAUCGAAUACCUGGGCCCCCUCCUGAUUCCAGCCCUCUUCCUUUACCCCCUCCGUUCUCUUCUGUACUUCAACUUUGAGACCAUUCCCGCACCUUCCAACACCCAGAUCCUAGUCUGUGCUCUCCUGACCCUGCACUUCCUGAAGCGCGAAUACGAGACCAUCUUCGUGCACCGCUUCAGCAACGCUACCAUGCCCGCCCGCAACAUCUUCAAGAACAGUGCACACUACUGGGCGCUCUCUGGAUUCAACAUCGCCUACUGGGUCUUCCGCCCCGACGCGGGCGCGGCCACUCGAACACCCAACACUGCCCUCGUUUAUGCCGGUCUCGCGUUGUUCAUUUUCAGCGAGGUGGCUAACUUGAACGCGCACAUUAUUUUGCGUGACUUGCGUCGGCCCGGUACUACUGAGCGUGGUAUCCCCUCUGGAUUCGGGUUCAGCUGGGUGACUUGCCCUAACUACUGCUUCGAGAUCUUGGCCUGGAUUGGUGUUUACCUUGUCAGUCAGUUGAGCUGGAGUGUUCUUCUUUUCACUGUUGUGAGUGGGCUGCAGAUGUGGAGCUGGGGUUGGAAGAAGGAGAAGCGUUACCGCAAGGAAUUCGGUGACAAGUACAAGAAGAAGAAGACUGUCAUUCUCCCCUUCCUCUGCUAG